UAUAUGAUAUACAUUACCAUGCAAACUUCCAACGAAAAUUGGUUUGAACUAGAUCUAGUAAGUAGUUUUUUUUAAUACGUCAUAAAUGGUACGGAACCCUUCAUGGGCGAGUCCGACUCGCACUUGGCCGCUUUUUUUUAUUUCUGUUAAUUUCGAGGGUGCAUUCCUGAGCUUCAAUUAAGUAACUUUCUCAAAGACACGGGUAUUCUAAUGAACUCCAUUUCGGAGAUAAUCAAUAAUUUAUUUUUAUCUUAUAAGGUCCCUACGAGCGUAUACACUUGCGUUAGGGCCUGUUUACAUAUUGAUUAGUGUUUAGUACGAGUUAAUACAUUUGCUUCUAAACGUAAGUACUAUCUCGGACGAUCGAUGUUUGAAAUGUCAUUGAUAUGUUAUAGUUUUCAAUUGUUUGGUUGAGUUAAACAACGCUACCCCGCCCGUCCCGCCAGUGUUACAACAAGCUAUAUGCAACAUUUAAUUACUUUUUAUAAAAAAAAAUAAAAAGAAAAAUUAUUACUUCUGCCAAUUAGUUUCUUUAAACGUACUUACUCGUGCACCGAAGUUAACGGAAUAAUCAAUAAAAACACGGUGUAUAUGUAUACAGUUUUUGGCAAACCUCAAGUUCUCAGGGGGCCUACCGGGAAAAUCGAAAUUCGCAAAUUGCGGGGAUCUUUCUCUUUUACUCUCACUUACGCUUAGCAUUAGCACGCACUGCGGUUUUUUUCUUGCGGUUGCGGUCUGGCCGAAAACGCCGAACCGCGGAGGAACUCGCACUGCGGUUGCGUUUCCGCGGUUUUCACGUUCAGUAUGACAAUGGAUUUCCUCAGAGCCGUAGGUAUAUGUUGUGGCCUUAGUAUUAAUAAAAAUAAAAAAAUAGAAAACGUCUUCCCCAACAUAAGUACUGGGUGCAUCCUCUAACAAAGUUUGGCUUUCACAUUUUUGUCACUGUAUUGUUUUAUAGUUUUAUCGUACAGAGCUGGUCUUUUUGCCACUUCAUUAAUUAUGUGUUUGUUGUCUACCGGCAACGCUUCACUUUCGACCGGCAACGAACUUUCGGACUCCGACGACAUAAUACAGCGCACAACACACACCUCACUGCUCCGCUCUCUGAGCCGAACUGACGAAAAAACCGCUUUUUACGAACCGCAGUGGGGGCGCUGCCGUACAUGAAGUAUGGGAUACAUAAAAACGCGCGGUUGCAAACCGCGAAUCAAAAUGUAGCAAGUUGCGUUUUUAAAAUCAGUCACUGAAAUAAAUCGCAAGUGCGUGCGCUUAUAAAGAAUGCCGUACGUUACAUUUUUUGCGGUAGCGGAACCGCUUUUUAAAAACCGCAGUGCGUGCUAAGCCUAAGACGUAAUUAGAGUGAUUAGAGAUUUUCAAGUUUAGCCAAUUUUGUUUAUUUAUAAACAGUGUUGGUAAACAAAGUUUAUCAGAAAAUGUAUGGUACUCAUUACGAAACAUUGUUUAUAAACCUGGUUUAUAAACAAAAAUGUGUAAGUAGGUAUAGUCAAUACGUGGCUUUUGUUUGUACUAGUUCGAAAAGAGGUUGUACCUACUUAUCUAAAACAUUGAACUGCAGCUUGUUGCACUAAUUUGUCAAAUUAUGACAUUGACAUUCAUUCAUCCGUAAUUUAGACUUUAGUUGAAUAUGUAUAUAUCAUUUAGAUCCGUAGGAAAUGAGAAAUUAUCCUAUCUAAUUGUUCAAUUCGAUAAAAAAUUUGAACGUUCUAUCAUUUCAAAUUAAUUUGUGUGUAUAUUUAUUAAAGUUUUAUCUACGGUUUGGUACAUACAUUUUCACCACACCAGCUGGUAAAGGCACUCUUGAUAGUUCAAAUACGGAUGAGAAGUUGCAUUUUAUCCACAUGUGUGGCAAAGUAAUAUGAUUCAAAUUUUGAGUUGUUUCCUUAUGUUAGCUGGUAGAAUUGACUUUUAAAUGAUAAAUAUUUGAUAUUUAUUUGGAUUUGAUUUGGUUUCAUUUUAUUUGGUAUUAACUAGUUAGUAUUUUCCUCGCGUUGGUGUUGUGAAAAUAUUUGUGUUUCACUCGGUGGAAAAAUCUGUUUAACCCUCGUGUCUUGAAACCCUCGCACCGCUCGCUAUGCUCAGGGUUUAAUUUUGGAAUCUUUCGCUUGCUCAGGUAGCAAUAUUGGAACGAACGGUUAAACAACUACUUUCCCCUCUUGUAAAACAAAUAACUAUUUAUAUGCAUGCUUUAUUUAUGUUAAUGAUUACCUUACUACAUCAAGUUACAUGGCACUUCAGGAUUAAGUGAUUAUUUAGUACUGCGAUUGUACGACUACGUAUAAGUACUAUGGCCAAGGAUAAAAGAGCAGAAACGGGGCGAGUUCCUAACGUUUCAUAUUAUAAGUUGUAUAGGUUCGCAACAACAUCCGAUAGAAUAUUGAUAUGCAUGUCUACAAUUGGCAGCAUUGUAGCUGGACUUAUGUUGCCGUUUUCUAUUAUUGCGGUGGCUGGCAUCUUUAACGUAAUGGUUGAACACGAGAAGAAUAUUCUACAGUCCAAACCUAUUGACAACGCCAAGUUUUUGGAAGCCCUGCAUAAAUUUGGAAUUAAUUACUCACUGAUAGGUUUGACAGUGGUCGUUUCUUUGUACAUAGGCACGGCUUUUGUUGAGAUUGCUGCUAUAAAUCAGAUUUACCAAAUAAAACAAGCAUAUUUAAGAGCCGCAAUGCACCAGGAUAUGUCUUAUUUCGACCAGCAACAGACGGGGGAUUUCGCAUCGAAAAUGGCAGAUGAUAUUCUAAAAUUGGAAGAUGGCAUUGGUCUUAAGGUAUCGACCUUCGUAUACAAUAUAACGGGCUCGAUUAGCGCCUUCAUCAUGGCGUUCCUCAAGGGAUGGAAACUCACGCUUCUCUGCCUCAUAAUGGCUCCCGUAACAUUGGUCCUACUUAUGGUGUCUGGUAUGAUAGCAAGCCGAUUUGUUAAGAAAGAAGCAGUUGAGAGCGGUCGAGCAAGUGCCAUCGCCGAAGAAGUGAUCAGUUCAGUCCGCACGGUGUAUGCAUACAACGGGCAGGAAAAGGAAAUUGGGAGAUAUAAGGAGCCUCUUGCUAAAGCGCGACAGAUUCAUAUAAAGAAAGAUAUUUUCACGGGAUUAGCGAUGAGCUUCCUGACACUUGGAACGUUUUGCUCCUACGGCUUGUCAUUUUACUUUGGUACUUAUCUGAUGAUUAAGGAGCCUGAGUCAUAUAAUGCCAACAUUAUGUUCUCUGUAUUUUUCGGCGUUGUACAUGGUUUACAAUAUUGUGGAAUGGCGGGUGCCGUGGUAAACACUUUUGGGUCUGCCUGCGGCGCAGCUGCCCAAAUUUUCCGCCUUAUUGACAAUACGCCAAGUAUAAAUCCUUAUAAGGAGACGGGAGUAAAACCUUUGAGUUUCGAAGGCGAUGUAGAUCUCAAGAAUGUUAUGUUCAAUUAUCCUACAAGGCCGGACGUAAUGGUUCUCAAAAACAUUAAUCUAAGUAUAAAGCGAGGGCAGUCAGUAGCGCUCGUGGGGCACUCUGGUUGUGGAAAAUCCUCCAUUAUACAGCUUAUAACUAGAUUCUAUGAUGUCGACGCAGGCAGCGUGCGCGUGGACGGGCACGACGUGCGUGAGUUGUCAGUGCGGUGGCUGCGCGCGCAGAUUGGGCUGGUGGGGCAAGAACCUGUGCUGUUCAACACGACCGUCCGUGAAAACAUCCGCUACGGCCGCGAGGAUGCCUCGGAUGCUGACAUACGGGCAGCCGCGGAGCAGGCCAACGCGCAUCACUUCAUACUUAAAUUACCGAUGGGUUACGACACGCUCGUCGGAGAGCGCGGUGUCUCUGUGUCAGGAGGACAGAAGCAGCGCAUAGCCAUCGCCCGUGCUCUGGUGCGCAACCCCAGCAUUUUGCUUUUGGACGAGGCCACCAGCGCUCUUGACAUGGCUUCGGAAAUGGAGGUUCAACUUGCUUUAGAAAAAGCUGCAGAAGGACGAACAACCGUAAUUGUAGCUCACCGGUUAUCGACGGUCAGAAACGCGAACUUAAUUUGUGUGAUGAAGGACGGAGUCAUUGCUGAAGAAGGAACCCACGCGGAACUUGUCGCGAAAAAAGGGCUCUAUUAUGAUAUGGUGAAGCUUCAGGAGCCAGAUUUAAUUGAUGCUGGCUCUAGGCAUAAGGACAUCUCUAUAAGUGAACAUAAUAUUCCGGACAGUACACCAGCUAUAUCUCAAGAAGACGAGAAAGAAGUAAAACGCGUUGCGUUUCGAGAUGCUCUAGCGCUCAACGCGCCAGAGUGGAAAUUGAUAUUAGUUGGAUGUAUCUGCGGUUUUGUUGUGGGAUUCACAUUACCUCUAGCUGUUCUGGCUUUUGGUCAGUUAUUCGGGGUAAAUAGUCUACAUACUAUUGAAAUUCUAUUCAAUAGUAUAGAACUGAGGCUUAUAACUAUAUUAUUUUUAUGGUUACAGUCACUAUCAAAUCCAGACCCAUCCAUCAUGUUAAAACAAGUAUCUCAUAUAUCGUUGGCAUGUGUUGGAAUAGGUCUAGCAAUUGGAUCUUCGUACUUUAUACAAGCGGUGUGUUUUGGGCUGACGGGUGCACACCUCACGGAGCGCCUGCGGUUGAGCAUGUUUGCACAUAUGCUGCGCCAGGACAUCGCGUUUUUCGACGAGCGAGCUAAUUCUACGGGCGCACUGUGCGCAAGGUUGUCUGCUGAGGCGGCUCAUGUGCAAGGCGCAACAGGUCAUCGAAUCAGCACAUUAGUCCAAUGCAUAGGCACCGUGGUCUUAUCCCUGGGCAUGGCCUUGACAUUCGAAUGGCGAGUGGCUUUGGUGGCACUGGCAUUUGUGCCUCUCGUGCUACCCGUCUUUUACUACCAAAAUGUCAUCGCUACCAUUGUGGCUUCAAUGAAUGCUAAGGCUGUUGAGAGAAGUACUCAGAUAGCAGUAGACGCGUUGUCCAACAUCCGCACGGUAGCGGCUCUGGGACGCGAAGCCGCGUUUGUGCGGGAGUACCUAGCUCAGCUGGCUCUCACUCUGCAGCUCGCGAAGCGGGGAGCCCACCUCUUUGGCCUGGUCACUGGCCUGUCCCGAGCCAUGUUUAAUUGGAUGAACUCUGCAGCCCUUGUUUACGGCGGAUACCUAGUUGUAUACGAACGAUUAGCAUACGAGAAAAUUUUGAUCACAACGCAAUGCAUUCAAAUGGCAGCAGGGAUAGCGAACGAAGUGUUAUCGUACAUGCCUGACUUCCAGAAGGGAAUGUCGGCGGCGGCUCGAGUGCUGGAUCUGCUGCACAAGCAGCCGGCUAUCGUGGACCCUAAGGAUCCUGUCACUGGAUUUGUAGCUUCGGGUGAGAUAGAAUUCAAGGAAGUUGAGUUUUACUAUCCAAAUAGGCGUAACAUCAUGGUACUGCAGAAGCUCAACCUUGAGGCACCAAGUGGAAAAACAGUAGCUUUAGUCGGUCGAAGCGGGUGUGGCAAGAGCACAGUCAUACAGCUGUUACUAAGAUACUACGACCCUUGCGCGGGUACCGUGUCUUUGGAUGGCGUUCCGCUGCCCCGACUGCUGAUGAAGGACUUGCGUGCGAGCUUCGGGCUCGUAGCCCAAGAGCCAGUAUUGUUCGACCUAACGAUCGCAGAGAACAUCGCUUUCGGACAGAACGACCGAGUGGUGUCACGCGACGAAAUAAUUGAAGUUGCGAAACAGGCCAAUGUGCACAGUUUUGUCGUGACUUUGCCACAGGGCUACGACACCAACAUCGGCAAGAAAGGCACCCAGCUGUCCGGCGGGCAGAAGCAGCGGGUGGCGAUCGCGCGCGCGCUGCUCCGCAAGCCCAGGGUACUGCUGCUGGACGAGGCCACCAGCGCCCUCGACACGAAGAGCGAGAAGGUAGUACAAGAAGCCCUAGAGUCAGCUGCAGCGGGGCGCACGUGCAUCAUGAUCGCGCACCGCCUCAGCACCGUCCGCGACGCCGACCUCAUCUGCGUGCUGCAAGGCGGACGCAUCGCUGAGCGCGGCACGCACCAGCAGCUCAUGGACCGCCACCAACUGUACUAUGAGAUGCACACGAAGCAAUAGUUUCCUUGAUAUUUAUGAGCUGUAGUUAUCCAGUGCUAUGCUAACUAAUGCAGUGAGUUAAGAUUUGAAUGUUUAGAAGGUGGAUGGUACCUACGAGUAUGUAAAUUACAUAUUUAUUUAUUCAAA